AAACACAUCAAAACGUGCACUUUGAAGGCUCAUAUUCAUCUUGGGGGAAAUGUGUGGAGGCUAGCUUGCUACUUUUUGUGGAGUUGGAAACAGAAACUUAGAAUUCACGCGAAAAUUUCACCAGUACACCAAGGGGAUGGUUAAAAUAUCUACGCUAAAGAGGUAUAAGAAACGGCGUUAAAAGCUGAAAGAGGAGAUAACAGGAACAAGCGACGGUCAAGGUUACCCGAGCUGUAAGUCAGAGCUGGUUGAAGUCCAUCGUAUCGUACGUUGUUACUGCCGCAUCGUGUUGAAGUGUGGGGGAACUAUCGCGUUAUCGCGUGAGAUCAAAAUCACGUUAAAGUAGGCGGGUACAAUCGGACAAGGAGUUUUGGUUAAUUGGGAAGCUGUCAUUUCUCUGAUUGAUAGCCAUAUUCAUUCAUUUUCAAGGCUAUUUUCGCAUCAAACAUCGCGUUCACAAAGGUCGAGAACACGUCGUCUCGACUGCGUAGCAUGGUUCGUAGUCUGCAACCCGACACAACAUGUUUAAUGUGUCGAAUGCUUCACUGAUAUGCAAUGCGAGACACUUUAUUGCUACACAUUUUGUACCUGUUGAAGAACAAGAAUAGCUGGAUUCAAGUUUACUAUACCAGUGAAUUAUGGUUAACAGCCUUAUUAGGAGGAAUAUAAUCCAACUACAUUUAUACGUGUGUUUUGUAUUUAUAUUACUUUUGUAUUCGGACAGUAUUCGUGGCUUGAGCCUCAUGAGCAAAGGUAAUGAUCGUUGUCAAAAAUGUAUUGAACAAAACCGUCAGUUGGCAACAAUACUUGAACGAAAAGAGAUCGAGAAUGUCAAACAAUCGUGUGUGUACGUCAAGGAGUUUCUACGUUGUGCAGAACCGCUGGAAUCGACAUGUCGAUUAAACCUAAACUUUCAAGGCGCUCUAACUCUUAUGCGCUCGUUCAAGGAGAGGAACAAGUGUGCCAGUAUGAAUAUAACGGUGAACGAAGCUUUCAGAAUCAUAGACGAAGCGAGAAGAGCGAAACACAAUACGGGGAAAAAUAAGAAACAAUGCCGAAGACCUACUUUUAAACCGGUCUAUAAAAUAUGUGGUUUGUUUGGCGACCCGCAUUUAAGAACCUUCUCAGACAAAAGACAUACAUGCUCCGUUCCUGGCGCUUGGCCGCUAUUCGCUAAUAGAUAUUUAACGGUUCAGGUCACGAAUAUACCUUUGGAGAACAGUUCCAGAGCGACGGCUACGAGUAAGGUGACGGUCAUCGUCCGAGGUCUGAAACAUAAAUGCAUCGAGGAAAAGAUGUAUCAAGCUCGUAGCUUUUCUCUACCAGCGCAUUUCUCCGAUGGGACAAAAUCCAGUGGAGAUAAAGACUGUGCAACUACUGUAACAAGAGUAGGAAAAGGUCGUCGAGUGAUCAUCGAUAUUUGUCCUUUGAAAACUGAAAUUAUAAUAAGACAAGUUGGGAAAUAUCUAACCGUACACAUGCGUGUACCUAAAGACAUGACGAGACGUAAAACGUUUGGUCUCUGCCAACGAGGCUGUCCACGAAUUGAGCAAAUGAAUUUAGAUAAGCGAAGUCCUAUCGAUAAGGUCAUUACAAUGCUCUACAAGAAAGAUAAACUUGAGAAAAUGAGUAAGCGCGUCAAACGACAAAGACAGGAACGUGCAAGGAGGAUUUGUGGAGCAGCGAGAGUGCGAGGAUUCUACUACAAGUCGUGUUUGUUUGAUAUGCUGACGAGCGAUGAUGCAAGUUUUGCCAAGGCAGCUCGUAAAGCAAUGAAAGACUUCAGAACGAUAAAUGUAGAUGACAAUGGUAAUCCCAUAGUGAACGAAACAGCGAGAGAUUGGUGGACUGGGCCUACGGAAGCUCUGACCGAAGUAAGAACUACUGUAGGCAUCCAACUCGGUACUGAACCUAACUCAUCGGCGUUCUCGAUACACAAGAGGAAUAUUUCAUUAGUGCUGAUGAUGUUGACGACUUUGGUUUAUGUCUUUCGGUGAACGCUCAAUAAUCCUCUCUUACGCAGGGGUAUUAGGGUAAUUGCCUGCAGCGAAAUGUUGCGAUCACGUAGCACUAGACUACAAUACAUUCUAGUUCUCAAGGCUAUAUACAGGGUGUAUAAAAACUAAACCUACUUUUGUAGCGGAUUGCUGAAUUUCACCUUCCUACAUCCCUAAAUGCAGUGGAUCGGUCAAAUAAUCUCGUACAAUAGCCAAAGCAGAAAAUUCUCCUCCAAGGGUCAGGCUAGAUUUUUAUAGCAAAAUACUAAUUUGUUUCGAUAAUUUGUCUAGACAGAAUGAAUUCACCAAAUUCCAAAAACAUACCCUAAACUAAUUACAAAGCCAAUUUACCACAAUUAGUCGCCUUUCAAUCAAUGGCAAACCGAAUAUAUUGCAUUUAUUUGACCGAGCGAUUUUCCUCACGUCCUGAAGCCUUGUAAGCUAAUACAAACGUGUAACAGCACAGUUUAUCGUAUCGCCAUAUUGUUGAAAUUAACAGGAAUUUGCGGUAAAGAUGAGUCUUAAUUUAAUUACGAAGACAAAAAGUGGGUGGAUUGACGCUAAUUGCCACAUUUGUACGGUGCUUUUGUAAAAUGAAGAAAGUGAAUAAUGGCUGCCGCCCACUUUUUUUAGGAAACUUAUGCAUGUUGAACGGCAACUGAUAGGCGAUAAUAUUAAAAUACAAUAAAAUUUAUCAACUUUAGAAAGAUACUUCCGCAACUUUUAACUGCGGUGUUUCGCUUUUGAUUUUCAGGCUUGUGUGAACACGACUUGGCCAAAAUGCUUUCGGUUCGACAAAAAAAUUAUCACAGCAAAUUUAAAUCGAAACUGUUCACCGCAGAUGUUGCUUUUCAACUUACUUAAGUUUCUGUUUUUGCGAUCAAGUUGUCUUCACGAUUACCAAUUAUCAUAAUUUAUCUGUCGGGUAAUAAAUAUUAUAUAAAUAUAUAUAUAUUGUAUAUGCAUGUAAAUAGGAUAUCAACACAUGUAAUUUAUUC